AUGGCUAUCUCUUGGACAAAGCUCCCCCCUCCGGAGAGAGUUCCCUACGCAAUCCCUCAAUUAGAGGGAGAGCGUAUUACGAUUCCUGGGAGUAAGGGGGUAUUUCGUAUCCUAGCAUCUUCAAAGCAGACAAAUGGCUUGAUGGCUGUUUUCCAAAGUGGUGCGGUGCUGUCCGAUGCACCGGGAUUCCAUUACCACAACCACGCCCACGACGUUUUCUUAGUCACAAAAGGCUAUCUGAAACUAUGGAAUGGAGAUAAAUGCCGUGUCAUGGGACCAGGUGACUUUGCAUACGUGCCGCCGACAGUCGUUCAUAAUCCCGAAAUGUUAGGUCCGCAUACAGAAAUCUAUGGCCUGAUAACUCCCGGAGACUGGGUUGACUUCUUCCGACACGUCUCUGAGCCAUACGAGGGGUUACUUGUUCCUGAGAGUGACGACCGUGAUUUGAAGUCCCUGUUGAUACCCAAGGUUAUGGCUGCGAAAGAAAAAUUUGAUGUCGUCUUCCAGCCAAACUAUCAACCUCCAGAUUUAGGAGACUGGACAAAAGAUGAUGAACGUCUCCCGGAAUCUUCGCAGCCGUUUUACCUACGUGCCAACACCGGUCCAAGAUGGAUGUUGGGAGGUGUCAUGUCUCGGCCAUUUAUCACAACGAUUCAAAGCAACGGGGUGUGCGCAAUUUCAAGCAUUGAAUCGUCCAACAAAUAUGGCCCUUCGCUACUGUCAGAAGAUAUGACGUUCCACGAUGUGGAUCACUGCUUCUGUAUUCAAGAGGGAACUCUGGUCGUCCGUCUGAAGGGUUUACCGGAUGCCGUCUUCCGUGAAGGCGAAACGGUGGUCAUUCCAGCCGGUCAGACAUUUGCCCUAGCUUUCGACAGCAGAUACGUACGUGUCUGGUCUUUCACAGACGGUGAUGGCAUUGAGAGUCUGGCGCAUCGGUUGGGGAAGCCAUUUGAAGGGGUUGUUCUGCCUGAUAAGGAGUUAGAAUGGGAUUCGGCCCAGGUAGGAUCUGUUGCAAAGGAGCUAAAUGUAGAUAUUGCCUUGUAA